UACCGUUUACUUAUUGAAGGGAAACCGCUCUAUAUAUGCUGCAUCAUAGACUCAAGUUUGCAUGAGACGGCUUUGUCUGGCUGCCAGAAACCUGCAUAGAGCCUUCUCUACGGCCCUCGAGAAUCCUCUCAACUACAAUCUCAAUUACAACUUUAGUGACAACUUCAUAGCCAAACAUCAAAAGCAGUUGUUUCGGUGGAAUACAUCACUUUUAGAAGCACAAGACCGUCGCGUUCAACAUGGACGAAAACAUCGAGUGAAUAUAGACCGAUGCUUAUCAAAGCUGAAGGCAACCCUCGAUAACCAGAGAAGAAACGUGGUACCCAUUGGUAGCAGUGUAAAUGGUCUAUACGGGAAGAGUUCAGACCUAGAUUUGGUUGUUAUCACAGACAACAAUGAUGCGCAGCGAAAUGAUUUCUGUAAAAAAUUCAAUCAUAGCGAGCAUUUCCGGAGGCAUCAAAUGGGCAUCAUCACUGCAGCACUCAGGAAAGCUAAUUUGAUCGAAGUUACAUCAGUUCAACAAAUUUUGUUCUCCGUGGUUCCUAUACUAAAGUUUAAAACCCGCGAUGGAAUCACUGUAGAUGUUCAGUUCAACAAUAUUGGACCCAUUCGAUCCUCCUUGUUUGUGAAGGCAUGCGUGCAGUUCAACAUUGUCGUUCCAGUUGUUGUGCACUGGUUGAAUUCAUUUUUUGCCGCAGUUAAGCUCAAAAAUAGCCGCCAUGGACUGUUUUCUACCUAUCAUCUGAACAUGCUCGCUCUGCAUUUCCUCCAGAGCCCGGCAAUUAGUGUUUUGCCAGAUAUGGUAGCGUCGUGUCCAAUACUACAUCCAAGUACACCUUGGCAGGAAGUGGCCUACGUUCUUACUGCGAAGGAUGCAAAGGUACAAAUAAUCGAAACUGACAAGAUUCCAUGCGUCGUCUCCCCUGCUGAAGUCAUAAUAAAGAUGAUAGACUAUUAUAGUCAAUUAGAUUUGCACAUUGUAUCCAUAGAUACAGGCGGGAGGAUCUACAGACGUUUGCCUGAGACGACUGAGGACAGUUAUGUACAAUUAAUAGAUCCAUACUUUGAUGAAGACACGUCUUCUAAAUUGAGAUGCAAUGUGCGAAACGGUCCUUCGCUUGUGCAGCAAGCAUUUAUAGCACUGAGAUCUGAGCUAAAAGCUGGCAAUGUGCCGAGGAUUUUUCGAAUUGGCAAGACUUGAAGAUAUAUCUGUGCAUAAGCGGUUCUGAGAUAGUACAGGUCAUGUUUGCAUAUGUUGUACAUAGUUAGUUGGUAUUCUACCGUUUUAUUUUUAUAUAGAUAUUUUUACUUUUCUAUUUCGUGAUUUUGACUAUACCUUAAC